AUGUCUAACAACGAUCAACAACCAUUUAUUUCUAAAUCCACACUAAUUGAUUCGUUAAAUCUACAUACUACUUCCGCAUCGUCAUUUUUAACAUCAACAAUAAAUCAAGAAGCAACAUUAGCUGAUCUAUUAAAUAACAACCGUAGAAAAGCCAUCAUACCUACACCCAACCGACCAACCAUUGUAUCACAAUCAAUUACUUGUAAAAAUCCUGAUGAUGAAUUAACAACAAAUACAAUUGUUGGUAAUGCUGAUAUUGAAUCUUCAAAAACUGUAACCAAAUUGCUUAAUAGUCUUAAACAAGACGACAUGAUGGGCUGUACUGAUAAUCAGUCUGAACCGGGAGAAAAUGAAGAAGACCAUCAAUUUGACUCAUUUGUCUUAGAACAUUUUGUUCCAUUUUCUGGUAAACAACCAGUUAAUCUAUGGUUAGAUGAAACUGAAAGUAAAUUCAAUCAGUUCAAAAUUUCUCGAAAUUUUCGUUUUGAAGCAAUCUCACUUCUCGUUCAAGGUGAUGCUAAACGCUUAUACAUAAAAAACCGAAAAGCGAUUCGUAGUUUUGAUGAUUUUUACGAAUUCUUGUUAGUACAUUUUGAUAACAAUAAUUCCAGUUCAUCUACAAUUAAAUCUCAAGCAACAUAUAUUCCUGAUACUACAAAUCAACAAACAUCAUGUCAAAAUGAAUCAAUUACUGCUGCAAAAGGAAAAUCAAUAGAUAUUUCCGACACUACAAAUUUUACAUGUCAUUCACCUCCAUGUCAUUCUACUGCUGUUGCUGAUUGUAAUACCACCAACAUCAUUAGUGAUACACUAGACAAUAAACCAGGCAACCUUACUACAAAUUCUUCGAUUAAUAUACUUGAUCAAACUACGAAUGAUCUUCGAAAAGCAAUUGUAGGUGAUUUGAUUAGGAAUCUCAAGGUAUUUAAAGGUGGUAAAGAUGAUGUAAACAAAUGGAUCAAAGAAAUUGAACAUCUUUUAGAUGUAGCACAUAUUCCUGAUUCUGGUCGAUUGGAUAUAAUUUCUUAUUCACUACGAGGAGAUGCUCUCCAAUGGUAUAAGGCUAACAAAGCAAUGUUUACUUCAUGGAUAAUAUUUGUAUAUGAACUUAAACGAGCUUUUACUUCCUCGUUUCAUGAGGAAUUAGCAUUUAAAAAAUUAGAAACAUAUACUCAAGGUGGCAGUCAAUCUAUUCGAAAUUUUUUCAAUAAAGUUUUACAGUUAUGCAAAGAAGCUGAUCCCAACAUGAGCGAAUCAACCAAAUUAAAACAUCUUCUCAAUAAAUUAUCAAACAUCAACAUUGAUAAUAAUAAGAAUAAUAAUUCUCCAACUACUACACAACAACAAAUAUCUCCUUUAAUGACUGUACCUUCUUCAAGUACUACUUAUUCAAAUAAACCGUUUUCGAAUAAAUUUACAUCCGACUAUUCAAGAAAUUUUAACAACAAUAAUAAUAAUAAUACAUUUAGAAACCAAGAUAAUCGUAAUAGUUCCCAAUCGUCAGCGUUUACAACUUCAUCUUUUCGUUUACUUCAAUCUGCUCAAUUUCAACCAAGAACUACCAUUCAACGAUUUCAACCAAAUAAGAACAAUUCGUUCUUUAAUUCAAAUAAUGCUAAUCGAACUCGACCACAGCAAUAUCAACCAAAUUUGUCCAAUAUCGAUCGACGACGUCAACAAGCAGCAAAUGCAAUCUCUCCAUCAGAUUCAACUAUUAUUCCCGAUGUAUACUCAGAAACUCUUCCAGUAAUCGUUUGCACUCAUUGUAAUGAGUUUGGACAUGAGGCUUCGACUUGUCCAAAUUUCUAA